UUCAGAGAAUUCACUUUAGAAGGAAAACUACAGUCAUACUGAAUAAGUUGCAGAGUCCAAAAAGAUUUUUUAUCUGGAGACUGGACAUGCCAGGAUUAUAUGAGAAGCUAAUGCUCGUGGCAGCAGUGGUUCUAGCUGUCUUGAACGUCGGGAGGUCGUCCCCAGUGGUGGGACCAGGGCCUAUCCGUUGCGCACCCUGUACCCAGGAGAAACUGAACCAUUGUCCUGCCAUUCCAGGAGACUGCAAGCAGGUGCUAAGGGAGCCUGGCUGUGGCUGCUGCAUGGCCUGUGCUCUGGAGAAAGGAGCAUCUUGUGGGGUUCACACAGCCCACUGUGGUGAAGGUCUCCGAUGCACUCCCAGACCCGGUGAGGCCAGGCCUCUACAUGCUCUGACCAGAGGACAGGGGGUCUGCACUGAAGACCUGGGCCAAGAUGAAGUUGAUGGAGUCCCUGACCACAGUUCCCUGCACUACCUGUUGGGGCUCAACCUCCCAUUGGACCACCAAGACACUGCUGAAGGCCAGGAGAGUAUCAAGGCCAAAGUCAAUGCCAUCCGUAACAAACUGGUACAACAGGGUCCUUGUCACAUUGAACUGCAUGCAGCACUGGACAUGAUAGCCAGCUCCCAGCAGAAACUAGGAGAGAAGUUCACAACUUUCUACCUCCCCAACUGUGAUAAGCACGGCUUCUACAAGGCCAAGCAGUGUGAGUCAUCUCUGGUUGGACCGCCUGCUCGCUGCUGGUGUGUCUCUUCCUGGAAUGGGAAGAAGAUCCCGGGCUCAAGUGACCUCCUUGGUGACUCAGAGUGUCAUCAAGAAGUCACUCACUGAAUGAUGGACUCAUAAAUACACUUGCACCCCCCCACCCCCACCCCACACACACACACGUGUGUAAGAAGAAAACAUAAAA